AUGACAGAAGAGGAGAGGGAGCAGGAGAAGGUGGAGAUAUUUGAGAAAUUUGGGCCAAGUAUUGCAGAGGUGCUGAGGAGAGCUCGAGAGGCGAGAGAGUCGAAGCAAAAGAAGAGCGAAGGAGAGAAGGUCGGUACAGAACCAUCGUCUUCAAAUACUCCUGCUUCUGCCAAGACUGGAGGCGAGGAGGCUGGCACAAGUCUUUCACCACCUUCAUCUCCUUCGCGUCCCCGUUCCGAACGAACCAGGUCCCUCACAAGCGUCCUGCGAUCUUCGUCUCCGUCCCCGACAUCCUCAAGCAGCACACGGCCUCCCAGUCGCUCCGGACGCAAGAUACGGUUCGCCGAUGUGACUCUCAGCGACAUCCAUGUCUACGAAUCAGCACCGCCUUCCCCGCGGAAGAAAGCCCUGGCGUUGCCUCCGCCGUCCGCCAGCGACGACCAAGUUGUUUCGCUUGGAACGUGGAAGCCACCCGCACAGUUCCGUUCACCUGUCGUGCCGCUAGCUGCAUCCCUGGAGGCUGAGUCGGAGGCAUCUCAGGAAGUAGCCGGUAAAGUAGGAGCGCUUGAGGAAGGAACGCCAGAAGACAUCCGGCGGCGAUUCUUCCCCACCGCUCCCGCAAACGACCCAUCAUUGGAGUGGAUGCGAGGAACAGGAACUGCGGAGCGGGAGCCCGAAACCGAGUCUUCCACGCCUACCAUCCGUUUCGAUCUUACCGGCACACCCAUCCCUGCUCAUCUGUCUAACUCUCUGCCGACCCACCUCGGUCUGCACCACCAUGCUGAAGGGUCUCAUGCUGGAUACACACUUGAGGAUAUCUUCCUCCUCUCUCGGUCCACCGUUCCUGCUCAGCGCGCGUCUAUGCUUGGCGUGCUCGCCAAGAUCGCCCAUAAACUCGCUCGAACAUCUGUCGACAAGAAGAAAGGCAUUCCUGAGCUAGUAGGGCAGGAGAUCGCCCUACGCAAACGGUUGCUCGCCGCUGGCGCAGAAGCUAUCGGCGAACGGGCAAGCGUCGGCGCUCGGGCAGUCGAACUUCUAUGGGAGUGCACAUCGCAAUGGGACGAGGAUCUCAAAUCUGUCGAUGGCGUUGAGACGAAGGACCUGGAUCGAGGAGAAGCGCUGUCGUCCCUUCCACUGGACUACCUUUUACCCCAGAUCGCGAACGCGCUGUCCGUCGCGGAGUUGCCUCACGAGAGCCUCUUACAGCUCCUUGCUGUCCUCCAUCGACUCGCGCAACACUCAAACAGCAUCGCGACGGAGAUCGUGAAGACCAAGAAUCUCAUUCCUAGCAUAUUUCAGCGGUUCCUCCUCACACCCAUCCCCCCUACCGACGACUCGCCCUUUCCGAACCCCCUCGCGCUGAAGUUCUUGUGUCUCCUUGCAGCGUCCUCUCGCGAAAACGCGAGCGCUCUGGUCGAUCCUGCGGAUUCCCUCCUACGCUUCGUGAUUACCCUGCCCACAUCGUCCCCGUACCCCCUUCCUCUAGCGACGCAACUGCUAUCGGAGACACUCAUUUUCUACGCUACGUUGGCGUCGUACGGCUUCUACGCGCACGUCACAACCACAGCACAGGAGUACUUCCUACAAAUAAGCAAGUACAUCCGAUCCGCCGACUGCCAGUCCUCCCAGCUUCGAGGCGCCUGGCUACGAGCAUUGGAAGCAUGGACCGUAUGCGCGCGCGAUCCCCACCGCACGACGCCGAGCCACGAAGUUCUUUGGAGCCAAGUCGUGGGAUGGGGUUGGGCGGAGGACAUGCUGGAGCUGCGCACCCAGCUGAACACUUCAGAUGAGGAGACGUGGGCAAGAUUAUGGAGCGCACUAGCCGCCUUCUUGGAAGGCGCAAAGGUCAAUGGGGUUCGAGGAGGCGAGGAAGAGAGAGCUCUGGUCCUUGGUGCACUCAAGGACGACUUCGCCUUCGGAACGCAGAAACAAGUCGUCGAACUCGCUCUGAAAUGGGCUCGCGAAGCACUCGGGAAGCUGAGUGCUGGGAUGCGCCAAGGCAUCCUUGCCUCGGAUGUCCCCUCGUUGCGCGAUGUGGAUCGACAUGCGGGCACGCUUGCCUCUGCGAUGCGCCUCUUCCUUUCAUGCUUCUCCGAGUCACCUGGAGACACCUUGAUCGCACCGCCUUUCAAUCUCCCUUUUGGCGAUCUGUCGAGUGUCUGUGCCGUGAUCACGACACAUCCGCUUUGGACGUCUCUGUACACCUCACAGUCUAUUCCUUAUGGUCACCUGCUCUGCAGACCGCUGUCUACGCUACUCGCAUCCUACCUGCAGCUCUCGCGCAAGAUCCCAGGAACGUCGCCAGAUUUUUGGAUGGCUCAGGGCUUCGCGAUUCUUUGCCGCCUGUUCCCUGGAGACGAGGCAGUCGGGGAACGCACGGUAGUCGACAUCGCGGAGACCAUCACGGCAGACUUCUUGCGAGCGCGCGGGUGGUCUGUGCCCGAGGAUAUCUGGGAGAAAGGUGGAAUGGACGUCAUCGUACCUUUCCUGACUCAAUCGCUGCGAGCGAAAGGAGAGCAGGUCAUCGGUCCGACGUGGUCAACCCCGCAGUCCAUCGCCACCGCGACGACUCAACGCCUCCCGCCACUAUCCUCUCUGCAGCCAAAUGACCAGCGCGACUACCCAUUGCCACUGACGAAGGACUGGAUGUUCUGCCCGCUUGACCACCUACUCAAGUCAGGUGAAUCAGAAGUAUUCAAGAACCUGCCAGACUCGUGGAACGCUUCCGAAGCGGAGGUUGUGCGCGCCACACUCCUGUUCGUCCGAGUCAGCCAAGAGGUCCUGCGCUACCACCGGCUUAAUGACUUCCUCAUGAGCCGCGAAGAGGUCGCGUUCGGGUGUAUGAAGGUUUUCAUGCUCGAGCACGGCCAGCAGCAGGACGAUUCCUCCGAAGAGGUCUUCCGCGACACCAUCGUCGGCCGUCUCAUGACCGAGCUCCUCGCGCCGUUCUCCGCCUCCGCUUCCGCAAAGACGCUCAAGACCCCGCCGCCGUCGAUCCACACGUCUGAUAGCAUCGACGUCGUCGCGAAGCGCUUCCUUGGGAACGCCGUGCCGUUCUACCAAUGGUACACGGACUUCGUCGGGCUCUACGACGCAAUCUCGUUCGCACACCCGCUCUUUGCACGUCUGCUCCUUCCGCCGCUGUCCAUGCGCUAUCCCGCUGACUACCGCAAGUACCUCUGGGCGGACUUCAAUCACGUCUUGCGCACGAUCCGCACUGCACCAGAGGACGUCGUGACGGGCAGCAUCGCCGAGUACCUCUGGCCGGUGGAGACCGACGCGGAGGUCGUGGGCGCGUACUUACGUGCACUGGUAAAGGGUUCUUUGGAGGGCUUCGUCAGGCUCGUUGCGGUCCAUCACAUUGCGUGCAAUAUCUGGCCGGAUCUAGGCUCCGUAGGAGAGGAAAGGACGAAGAAGCUCUUGAAGGCGGUGCUUGUUCAAGGGGGACUCGAGGCGAUCCGGGAUGUUGUGCUGUACCGCCAGAACAGGGAAGGCACUGUUGUACUCCCUCCAGCUUGCUUCGAGCAGCCCGGGAAGUGGAGGGCGCAGAGACUUGACUUCGCGGGAAAGAGUGGUGAGGACGUCAGAGAGAGGCUGACGAACUUGUUAGAAGGCAAGGCAAAUUAG